AUGGGUUCCGAAAUCAGUCAACCGUUAGAGCUUCGAGAGGACGUCAAGUGUUUGGAAUGCCGCAAAGAGACUAUAGAGACCAGCAUACUCUGCUGUGCUUGUCAAACUCUGCAGUUCCUGGGCUACAACGUCGCUGGCUCGAACAAGCAAGAGAUCGACUACUUCCUUAACCCUCAGCUUGACCCCGUGAACCAAUGUGCAAGGCCCAUGUACCGAGACUACGUCUGGGACAGCAGGAGAUGUCGACUGACUAGGCUAUCUGAGCUUGAUCGCGCUCGGUUAAACGACGCUAAGAGCGUCGAGCAGGAGAAACAAGAGCUCUUGCACUCGUUCCUUGAAGCCAAGGCACUCGGAUCUGUAGUUGAGACAACGCCACAACAACCACUCUCAUCGACAAGGUUGGCACUGCAAGUGGAGCCCGAGAGUCAAUGGAAGAUUGAAGUCGACAAGCUGUCAGUUGAGAAGCUGCACGAUAGCGAAGUCAGACGUUAUGAGAUUGUCACAUUCUGUACAUAA